AUGCAAUGUUUCUCAGAAAGCUCUUCAGAACGCCGGGAGAUCUCUUCUGUGCUAGCUCAGGACAAAACACAGUGGCAUUUCAACCCGCCUGCAGCCCCCCACAUGGGUGGGAAAUGGGAAGCAGUAGUCGAGUCUCUUAAGUUUCAUCUCAGAAGAUCUGUCGGAGACACACUGCUUACGUAUGAGGAGACUUCCACACUCCUCACUCAAAUUGAAGCCAUUCUCAAUUAUAGACCACUCGAACCGCUCAGCAAAGAUCCAGAAGAUACCUUAGUGCUCACACCAGGGCACUUUCUCAUCGGAACGGCACUCAACGCUGUCCAUGAAGGCUCACUAUUGGACAUCUUAGCAAGUCGGCUCUCCAGAUGGCAGUUCAUCCAGCAACGAGUUUAA